AUGGUUAGAAAAGAAAGAAGUCUUGGUGAAACAUGUGAUGAGGUAUCUCAAUGUUCAGCACAAAAUGUUCAGUGCUUAGGGACUUUUACAAAGACCUGUACCUGCCAGAUUGGUUAUUACACAAUACCUGCUUACAAUCUUUGUCUGAAAAGAUAUCUUGGUUAUACUUGUAGUGCAGAUUCUCACUGUUCACUAGUAACCAAUGGACAAUGUAGCAGUAAUGUCUGUUCAUGUCAAUUUAGUUACUACCAGGAUGGUUACGGUCAAUCAGGCUCAUGUACAAAAAGAUACCUCGGUGAAAGUUGUAGUUUAUCCACUCACUGCUCAGUAGUAGCUAAUAGCCAAUGUAGCAGUGGUGUCUGUUCAUGUCAGUCUGGUUACUACAAAACAGCUGAUGGUCAAACAGGCAGAUGUGAAAAGAGACAUUUAGACGAGAGUUGCACUGCUGAUUCUCAAUGUACAGAAGGUAACAUUGAAUGUAUGAACUAUAGAUGUUUAUGUAAGAGUGGAUACUAUCAGACAGGGAUCGGGUCAUCAGAAAGACAUUUAGAUCAAAGUUGUAAUGAUAAUUCUCAAUGUAAAGAAUCUAAUAGUGAUUGCAGUAAUAACAAAUGCUCAUGUAAGAAUGGUUACUAUCAGACAGGGACUGGAUCAACCGGUACUUGUACACGACAAUCAUUAGGAGAUGUGUGUACAGAUUCCAGUCAGUGUUCAACUAGCAACGCAGAAUGUAGUAGUGGUGGUACUAGAAUCUGUCAGUGUAAAAAUGGAUAUUAUGAUACAAAUGGUGCAGUAUCUGGUGGAUCUUGUACAUCAAAAACGCUUUCCUCUGAUUCCUGUACUGACAGCACACAAGCUGUCAUCGUUGGAGUUGUACUCGGUCUGGUUAUUGUCGUUCUUCUAGUAUAUGCUGGUUAUAUGACUUAUCUAGUCAGAAGGUACAGGACUAAAGAUGAACAAGAAAUAAAACUUGACAAUGGAAGAGAUCGUAAGAGUCAAACAUAUGUAAAUGAAACAUUUAUGACCGGUUCAGCAUCAAAUACAUCGGGAAACUUUAACGUUGAUUCAGGAGUUGAGAACGUAUAUUCCAGACUCGAUGACAAUGCAAGAGAAGACAAAACAACAUAUGAAAGUCUUAAACCAUGAUCAUAACACUAUUUGUUCUUAGCGCAAGAAAAAAUUCUCAGCUUUUCUUCAUAUACUAUAAACAACUGUAUAUUAUACCAAUUUGGAUUGGGUAGCUGGUGAAUAUGACGUGAUAUGUACUGAAAAAAAUAUUUACCUAGUAGGCGAUAGCUUGUUUACUUUUUCUAUAAAUUUCUCUUUUAAAUGAGCGCAUUAGCACGCGUAUUCGUAUAGUUCUUAAAAAUGUAAAGACGGUAACUAGAAUAGACUAAUUUGACUCAAAGAUUAUUUAAGAGUCAUUUAACUUAAAAGUGUUGUUGUGGUUUUUUUCCCCAGAAUAAUAACAACAUUCUUGGCGCGACGUCACGCCAUAGUCUCGCGUCUCUCAGAGGAUUUCCAAAAAAUCUAUUUUGAGAAGAAAAACCGAAAAUCUAUUUUUAGAAAAAAAUCGAUAUUGACCUGUUUUUUUACAAAAAGAUGUUUGUAAGCCAAUCAGGGAAAGGCAUUUUAAAGCUAUUUAUAGAUUAUAUAUGAGUGCUUAUUUAAAAAAAAAUAUUUGUAUGCUAAUUUGAUGUUUCAUAUUAUUAAAAUAAAAUAUUCCAUUCGACUGCGCUCUUGUCAAAACGAAUAACACAGUAAGAAAACGAACCGAAAUGUUUUAUUCUAAAUGAAAUUUUAAUAGAUGAAUUAAUGCAUACGACAUUAUACUUUAACGACAUUAUACUUUAAACUUUUGUGUUCGUCAAAGAAAUACAAAUGUAUGUACAUUUAACACAUUUAAAACUUUAUUUUUUCAUAUUCUGUACACCUAAGACAUUAAUUUUGUCAAACUACAAGUGUCGUAAAACAAUAUAAGAAAGCUGGUAAAAUAAGAUUUGGCUACUUUUAAUGAGAUAACCGCCCUUGUUUUAGUGUUUCAUUCACGAUUUCGGCGUUACCUCGUAAAAAUGGUCUCACUUACGUUUUAUCUGCUAAUUUCAGUGUAAUAUGACACGAGUAGAUUGAAAAAUGUCUCAAGUAAUAUGUACGUUAUUGUAUCUAAAGAUAUCAACGAAACUAAAAAUCGCCAUCAAUACGCUGUUCAAUACGCUGUCGUCAUUUUCAUGAAUGAUCUUGAAAAAUAAACUUUUCAUAGAAUAUGUUGGAUGAGGUUUAAAGUUUAAUGUCUCAGCAAUCGUAUAUGCUAACUCAUUUCUUCCAAUUUAGUAAAAAAUAAAAAUUUUGGUUCAUUUACUUAUCGCUUUAGCCACCACUAAAUUGCACCAUUCUGCGUUACUUUAUCACAAUGCCUGCGUUAUUUGCACAUUCCUGCGUUACUGGCUAUGCACGGUGUUUACAGGCUCAAUCAAUUUUCAUGUAAUUUUGUUGUGAUUAAUGCUUCCGAGGGAUUGCACAUUUUUGAAUUUUAUACAGUUAAUUAUUGAUAUGUAGUUAUAUUAUUAUAAUAUUAAUGAAUUUUUCUAUUCAACCAGCAUGACAUAUUUAUAUAUAACAUUUAUAUUUAACAUUUGGUAUGAUUUUGAAACACGUUACAUUUUUUUAC